CGUGCCGCAGUCCAGCGGGGCAUGUUGGCCUUGAGCGUCACAGGCGCCUACAUUUCCGUUUCCGGGUCGCCUCGGGAGCUAUGGCGACCGCGACAGGCGUGAGGUAUCUGCUGACAUUAGGCAGAUGGCGCCGCGGCCUUGGAGUAGCUCCCCAGUCCCGAGCGCUCGCCGCCCUCGUGCCCGGCGUCUCCCAGGUGGAUAACAAGUCCGAUUUUCUGGGGAAGAGGCCCCAUCGCCGGCACCCUGGCAUCCUGCGGCUUCCGCGCGUGCGGCUGCCGCAAGCUCUGGCUGACGCCGCGCAGUUACUGGUGCUCGAGAGCUCGAUGCCCAACGUGGAGAAGCAGGUGCAAGCACUCACCAAUUAUCUCUGGAGCCGGCAUUUACCUGUAGAGCCAGAGGAGUUGCAAAGGCGGGCUGUACAUCUUGAGAAAAAAUUCCUGGAAAACCAAGACUCACCUCAGACAGAGGAGAAGCUUUGUGGAGCCGUGCUGCAUGCCCUGCGCAGAACUACCUACCACUGGCAAGAACUGAGCUACAAUGAGGGACUCAGCCUGGUGUAUAUGGCAGCAAGACUGGAUGGUGGCUUUGCAGCAGUCUCCAGGGCAUUCCAUGAGAUCCAGUCUCGAAUUCCAGAGUUCCAGCCACAAACCUUGAUGGACUUUGGCUCGGGUACUGGUUCUGUCACCUGGGCUGCUCAUAGUACUUGGGGCCAGAGCCUACGUGAAUAUAUGUGUGUGGACAGCUCAGCUGCCAUGUUGGAUUUGUCAGAAAAGCUACUGAAAGGUGGCUUAGAAUCUGGGAAGCCUUAUGUUCCAGGUGUCUUUUUCAGACAGUUUCUACCUGUAUCACCCAAGGUGCAAUUCGAUGUGGUGGUAUCAGCCUUUUCCCUAAGUGAACUGCCCAGCAAGGCUCAUCGCACUGAGGUAGUCCAAACCUUGUGGCGCAAGACAAGUCAUUUUCUGAUACUGGUGGAGAAUGGAACAAAAGCUGGGCACUGCCUUCUCAUGGAUGCCAGGGACCUGGUCCUUAAGGGAAAGGAGAAGUCACCUUUGGACCCUCGACCUGGUUUUGUCUUUGCUCCCUGUCCGCAUGAGCUUCCUUGUCCUCAGCUGACAGCCCAUAAGCCCCUGGCCUGUAGCUUUUCUCAGGCUUACCAUCCCAUCCCCUUCAGCUGGAACAAGAAGCCAAAGGAGGAAAAGUUCUCUAUGGUAAUCCUUGCCCGAGGGUCUCCAGAAGAGGCUAAUCGCUGGCCCCGUAUCACUCAGCCUAUCCUUAAACGGCCACGACAUGUGCAUUGUCACCUGUGCUGUCCAGAUGGGCAGAUGCAGCAUGCUGUGAUCACAGCCCGCCGCCAUGGCAGGGAUUUGUAUCGCUGUGCUCGUGUCAGCUCCUGGGGAGACCUUUUACCUGUGAUCACACCGCCUGAGCUUCCUCCAUCCCCUGCUAAAGAUCCCCCUGAAAGCUAACAAGAAUGUGUAACAAGUGUUUUCUUUUGUCGUGCCUGCCAAGGCUGAAGCUGCCUGGUAUCCAGGAUGGGAGGGCUGGUACCCCCAUAUAUCUGUGUGUGUUUGAGGUUUUAAUAAAAAUAAAGAGUUUUCAAAAAAUGGAAA